AUGAAUGUUGGCAAAAUAAGAUACAUUUUUCAAAUACCGCUGCUUCACCAUCAUCAUCCACGGAAUGCAUUUACCAUUCUAACACGAACACAUUCUUCUGAAACAACCGCUACUGCUAUUGGCACCGGCACUCAAACCACUACAAAUUACUCCCCCGAAGAAGUUGAAAAGGCCAAGAAAUGGCUUGAAAAAUUGUCCACAAACACCAUUCCAAGGCACUUAUUCAACAUUUCCUAUAGCCGAUCAUCUGGUCCUGGAGGUCAAAAAGUUAACAAGACUUCAAGCAAGGCUACAAUAUCACUAGAACCGGGCCAGUGGCUAGAUCCUAGUGUGUUUUAUUGGGUUCCGGGCCCUGUUCAAGAGCAACUUCAAAAUGGCAAUAUUAGAUACGCAACGAAAAAUAAAGGGAUGGUGAUUCAGUGCGAUACGAGUCGUAAUCGAGAAGAAAACUUGGAAGAGUGCUUUGAGAGAUUGGUUAGGGAAAUCAAAUCUUCUGUACACUUUGCCAGCGAAGCCACGGAAGAGGACAAAGAGAAGUGGGAGCAGCUCGAGCAGGACUUUAAAGAACGGAAAAAGUAUAACAAAAAGAAAACAUCCGAGAAGAAACAAGCUCGCUCAAAGAAAUUUGAUUGGUAA